CUGUGUUUUGACUCUGAGCGCAGAGAGGAGAGGGAGGAACGUUGCUCUGUCAACUGUUGGCCUCUCUCGAGUCUAAUCUGGAUUAGAGCUCCGUCCAGUCUGCAGCCUGGACUCCAGUAAUCACAUUAUUCUGUAUUGAUGCCUCCUGGAGCAGAGAGAAUAAGCGAUGUCCAAGGGGGGCAACAUCACUGACGCAUUUAUCUUAUAGCUGAUCUGUUUAUUUGGAUUUAAUCUUUUUUAUAGGAGUUCGGGCGAUUUUUCUACCAAGAUCUGCUACAAUCUGAGUAAAGUUGACUGAGUAGUUCCUCCCUGCUGUCGGUGGAUGGUGCGCAUACCCGUGUGCAGCACACCGCAUUCUGCAGCAUCCAGACUGAUCUGCAGCCUGCACUGGAAGCACAUUUCUGCACCGAUGCCCUCUUUACUAUGGACCUCUCUCAGCCUCCGCCACUGAUACAAGGAGCACCUGGCCAAAUGUGCCAGAUUCAGCAUCCAACAUGAUGGGCUACAAGCUACCCGAGGAGGAUGUUACAAGUAGUGCUAGCGCCAUGGUCCAUGUGUUUAGGGACUACUGCUCUGUUUGGUUGACCACAUUCUCACUGUAGCUCCUGGUUGACGACUGGCAUGGAGGAGAGCAAGCUCAUCUUCAGCCUGGAUCGCCACGAUGAAGGUCCAACCGUGGCCUUUUCCAGAGAUAAACCACAAGCCAGGGAGGGUCUGUCUAACGUCAGCCUGGGGAUGGAUUUGGACCUGAGCCAAGGCUACCGCUCCCAGUCCCCCUUCCUGCCCCACUCCCCAUCAUCCCCGGGCUCUUUAUCUGACCUAUCAGCAACAUCAGCAGGCCUGCUUGUCACCACCAACCUGGUCAAAUCCUCCUCCACAGACCUGGACCCAAGCGAGAGCAGCUCCCUGCGAGGCAAGCCUCUCCUUAGCCUGGUCAAGUCGCUGAGCACAGAGAUUUCCCGCCGGGUUGAGCCAGAGGUCAACCUCUCCAAGUCAGACUCUAAGCUGCAUUUGCAUCCAUGGAAGCAGCUUACUCACCAAAAAAUCCUAGAGGCCAAGCCUGAAGUAGGAGGACUUAAUGAAGAUGACGACUGGGUAUCACCUCCCUCCAUGGGCAGCAUGCCUCCCUCUGAACCCCGGGGCAGCUCGCUGAUAGCGGAGCUGGAGGACACACGUAGGAAGUUCUCUGAGGCCAUGCAAGAUCCACUGAGCAUGCUGAGUAAAAUCAUGGGGGACGAAAGCUCUGGCAGCCCCAAGCAGGGCAGGGCUGGUGCUGGAGACUCACCAGCCUCCCAAGGCAGCUGUGGCAGUGAAGAUACAGACCUUAAGUGCCGAAGGAGAGCUGAUGGUGAGCACAGAAGUGUGUGUGACACGCCUCUGAGAAGACUCCAACAGGGCUCCUUAAUAAAAUCCUCUGUCUCCCCAGAACGCCACACCAACACAAGAGAUAGUCAUUUCGAAAUCCGCACUUAUGGAGAUAUGAUUCAGGUGGUGGAGCUCCAGAAUGAAUCCAGUGGGACACAUCAUAGAACUUCCACCCAGUCUCGAGUCACAGUGCCAGGUUCAUCACUGCCACUUCACUGGCUCUUCCCUGUGGGUCUUCUAGCUUAUGGUUUCUUUGUGUUGCCCCUGCCCUCCUAUGUGACAGGUCUGUCUGUGGGGGUUGCAUGUGGCUUUGUGUUGGGCCUGGUUGUGGUGUUCAUGUUUGCCCCACAACGUUCAUCUGCUAGAAGCAACAAGGGCUCUCGUUUGAGCAAAUCCAGACCCCUGAACAUGGACCGACUGGAUGGAAAGCUCACAGAUCCAGAAAUCCUAGAGGGCUGGAUGAAUAAGACACACAGCUACGACCCUGAAACUUUCCACCCCUCCAUCACACACUCUGUCUAUGCCACGCUGGAGGGCAGCCGGCUGCGCCUGGCAUAUCCACGUGCCAACAUUCCCCGCUGGGCAGGGUUUGACGAGACGGCCCACGAGGCUGUGUUUUUACGGUCACACACUUACCAGCUGGCUAACUCUAAGGUGUCUCUGCUGCCACCUGGUCUGGCUCGCAAGAGGGUAUGGAACAAGAAAUACCCCAUUUGCAUCACGCUGGCUGAGGGGGAGGUAGGAGAGGAGAGCGUGGUUGAAGGGCAAGAGGAGGAAGAACGGGCAGAGAGACACACUGUGCUGGAUCACCAGCUUCCUGUUACCCUGUACCUGUUUGGCCGCACAGGAAGAGAGAAGGAGGAGUGGUUCCAGCACUUCCUGUCUGCCUCUCGGGCUGGAACCAAGAGCAGUGUGAGCGGGGAGGAGAAUACAGAAACACCAUGUGGUGGAGACUCUGUUAAAGAAAGCACAGAGGAGCUGCACGACUUGCUGGGAGCUACAAAAACAAGAACGCUAUUGGAGUACAGCACCUACAUGACUCAACUGAUUGGCUCACAGAGUUGCAAUCUCACCAUCAGCCCCUGCCACAGUGACAGGGGAAGCCCUGCAACACACAAGAAGAUUCACAAUGAAGAGCAUGGAUCUGGAGGUCCUGCAGGAGCUGAACCCAGUGCGGGUUCAGGUGCAGAGGGAUGCUCUGCAGAGGGCCAGCCCACCUGGGUAAACUCCCUGGUGGGAAGGAUCUUCUGGGACUUUCUUCGGGAGAAGUACUGGAGCGAUCAGGUGGCACACAAGAUCCAGAAGAAACUCAGCAAGAUAAAGUUGCCAUACUUCAUGAAUGAGCUGACUCUGGCGGAUCUGAACAUGGGCACUUGUCUACCUCAAGUCCUCAGCACCUCCAAACCUACACUGGACUGCAGAGGCCUAUGGCUGGAGCUGGAGCUGAUGUACACAGGCUGCCUUCAGAUGACCCUGGAGACUAAGAUGAACCUGUGUAAGCUGGGUAAAGAUGGCGAGGACGAGGUUCACAGCGUUCCAGAGACACAGCAAGUGGGCUCUAAGCCCAGGCUGUGUAUACUGGCGGACAGUGAUGAAGAGUCAUCCAGCGCAGGCUCGUCUGAUGAAGAGGAAGUCACCCUCUCUGAGCCGCAGGCAUCUCUGGGAGAUAAGACCACAGUGGUUGCAGCUGAAGGGCACACUGGUGGCAGCACGAGUAGGAAGAUCUUGAGAUUUGUGGACAAGAUAGCGAAGUCCAAGUACUUUCAGAAAGCCACAGAGAACGAGUACAUCAGGAAGAAGAUAGCUGAGGUGUCCAACAUGCCUCUGAUGCUCAGCGUUGAGGUCCUGGAGCUCUCUGGCACUCUGGCCAUCAACAUCCCACCUCCCCCUACUGACAGGAUAUGGUACAGUUUCCGUGUGCCUCCCAGGUUAGACCUUCAUGUGCGCCCCACACUCGGGGAGAGGGAGGUCACCUUAACUCAUGUCACUGAGUGGAUCGAGAAGAAACUGCAGUGUGAGUUCCAGAAAGUGUUUGUCAUGCCCAAUAUGGACGAUCUAUAUCUGCCCCUGAUGACAUCUGGUCUGGAUAAACCACCAACCUCCCACCAAUCCUCAAUGCAUUCCUCAUCCCACCAGUCCUCCAUGGAGUCCCAGGAGUGCAUGUCAGAGUAG